UUUUGUUUUGUUUCAUUUGAUUUUAGGUUUUUUUUUGCCACAGACGAAGAUUUUCCCGUGGUCAUGACAUAAUAUUUUUUUUUGAUAAAGUCAAAAUCUUUAUGAUUAAUUCUGUAAUGAAUUGAUGUCAUUAGUGAAACGAUGACAGAUCAUCCAUGUCAAAGCAACAAUUUGACAUCUUCAUCGUCAUCAACAUUGACAACAACAACAACAACAAAUCAAUGCGAAAAUAAUGAAACGAAUGGUCAACAGCAACAUUGUUGCCAAACGACAAAUAAUAAUAAUUGUAACGAUAAUGAAAUUAAUUCAAAACAUCAUCAUACUAUAAAAAUGUCUUGUUCACAGAAAAAUAAUAAUAAUGAAAAUAGUGAUGAUCAAAGUGAUCAUUCGAUCACAACCUCAACAACAACAACAACAUCAUCAUCAUCGACAAGCUCAUCAACCAAAAAUACAACAUUAUCGACAUCGGGUAUCGAUGUCAAAAGUGAUCCAAGUGAUGACAAAAAAUCAUUAAAAUCACUUUUAAAAAAGAAAAUUGAUCCAACACAAGAUUUUAUUAAAUCUCAUAAUAAACGAGUAAAAUUUAGUGAAACAAUGCAGGUGUUUUGUUAUGAAAUGCCUGAUCAAAUGCCACAAAUUAUAGCAUUAAAACCAGAUGCAAAUUUAAUGGAAUUUCAAUCGUUUAUGUAUGAUCCUCCAGCUGAAUAUCAAGAUUUGCUUACAUUCGAACCACCCCCCGAUUAUAGAGAUUUUAUUGCUAAUUCAUUGAAUGUAUUUCGUAAUGAAGUUACUUUUGAUUUUAUCGAUGAUGAUGAUGAUAGUGAAAAUGAUUCUAAAGAAAAUAUUAGAAAUCCAGAAAUUUCUUCUAGAAAUAAAUUCAAUCAUCAUCAUCAUCAAUUUGAUCAAAAUCAAAAUUCUAAAUGGCAAUCGAUGAUAUUGAAUAAUAAUCUUGACAGUUUAGAAGAAGAACAAAUUAUUGGUGUAUUGAAAGAAGAUGAUAUUCUACAAGCUAUUGGCAGUCAAGUAACAUUGCCUGAUUCAAAUAAUGGUUUACGACCAACACUAAAUGACAAUGGUGAUGAAAAUGAAUUCGAUACAGUCAAUAAUUAUGAAGAAAAUCUUAGUUCGGCAGAUUUUCCCGUUCAUCAUCUUAAUUCAUAUUUUCUUGAUUCAUCAGGCAAUAUUAAUGAAGAAGAUGAUGAAGUUUGUUGCAUUGAUUCUAGUCCCAAUGGAUCUUUACAGGAUCUUGCCAGUGAUUCUAGUAUUACCUCACAAGAUACUAUCAUUUUGAUUAAUCAAAAUAAAACUUUUCAACUUGAAACAGUCAAACAAAUCCCACCGAAUGAUAAUUCCAAUGAAAAUAAUGAAAAUAUAUACGAAAAUUUACAGCCUUGUCAUAGAGAAAUCAAUGUAAUCACACAGAUGGUCAACUGUGGUGCUUCGCCGACAAAUUCUACGGCUACAACAAAUAACAAUAACAGUUCUUUUUCUAGCUCAGAUUCUCAAGAUUCAGCAAAAGAACAGAAUAACAACAACAACAAUAAUAAUAAUGAAGCAUUAUAUGAAAAUACAGGAGAAUUACUUUCGAACAAAAACACAAAUGACAAUUUAUUGGUUACAAAUCAAGUGAAAAAUUUUGAAAAUCGUUUAAGUACAUCCAGUUCAGAAGAUAGUAAAAAUAGUGAUAAUGAAUUUUCAAAUUGUACAACCAAUAACAAUAACAAUGUUACUAAUAAUAAUAAUAAUCAAACCGGAAUAAAUGGUACAACAACUGAAAAUAGACAACAGAAUUUUAAACAAAACAUUUUGUUCUAUGAAAAAAUCAUGGAACAGCAACAACAACAACAAAAUCUUUCAAACUAUAAUAAUAAUAACAAUAAAAACAAAACAUUCAAUCCAAAUGAAAUUGCCAAUUCUGUUACUGUAAACAUGCAAGUCAAUGCACCACAAUCAAUGACAGCCGGCAACAAUAAAUUUAUUGGUUUAACAAAUGGUGGUGGUGGUGGUGGUGUUCCGAUUUUACAUCAACAACAGCAUGCAGUUAUAUCGUCAAAUAACAAUUUGAUGCCGCUGCCCUGUUAUACAAUAUUAGAAACAAAUCGAACAUCAUCAUCAUCAUCGUUGUCGAGCGCAUCAUCAUCAACAUCAUCAUCAUUGGUGCCACCAACGGUUUCAUGUCCUGCCGUUCAACAAAAUUCUCAAACAUUACCAUUGUUGAUAUCGACUUCGGCCAACAUUCAACAGAUUAAAUCACAAAUAUCGCCCAACUCAAAUUCUCCAGUCUCUUCGUCAUCAUCAUCAUCAACCAAUAAUUUAAUGAAUCACGAACAAUUUGGAACUGUUCCGAAAAAUUCUAAUUCACCAACAAAUCUAUCAUCGACAAAUGUUCAGCAGAUUCAUAUUUCUAUUCCGGAUAAUAAUAAAAAUUCUAAUAGUACUAUUUUUUCUCCCAACGAACCCAAUUCAAACAUGAAUGCUGCUUAUUUGAAUAUAUCCGGUCAUCAUGUUAAUCAUGGCAAUAAUGUUUCUCCACGAAUGGCCACAAGCCAGCAACAUAUUUGCAUCGUCAACAAUCCAGGAACGACAACAUUACGACCAGGUCAAGUCAUCUAUCGUUAUCCUUAUGCAUUAAUCCAACCUGGAAUAAAUGGAGUAAGCACUAUUCGUCCUGUUCAAUAUAUUGUCCAAGCUGCUCCAACAGCUUCGAAUAAUACAAAUGGAGGAACGAAUAACUCGGCAUCGAUCAUUUAUAAUCAAAAAUUGUUAGUCAGUAAUCAAUUAGGCAGUUAUACGAUCUCACCGCUACACCCACCACCUCCAUCAAAUGUAUCCGGUUCUUCGCCAUCCGGUUCAUCAUCAACAACAUCAUCGUCAUCAUCAUCGGCAUCAUCGAUGGCAACAAAUUCAUCAUCUCUACCUAACAACAAUGCCAACCAAACAAUUAAUGUCAUGCCAAAACCAACAACAGCAACAACUAUCAUACAGCAAGCUCAAAUAGUCGUACCGAAUUCAUCAAUAGAUAAUUCACAAACCAAUACUGUACCUGUUCGUCGUAUAAUUGUGCCACAAGGUACUACUUUAUUGGCUCCUCGAAUUAUGCAACUGCAUCAUCCUCAACAUAAACAACAUCCUAUUCCGCCAUAUCAUUGUUAUGUGCAACAAAAACAUCCAACAGUGAUGGCUUACGCAGCUCCACCAAACGUACAAAUUCGUCAAACGAUACGUACACAACAAUUUGUUAGUGGUGAUAAUAUUCAACAAAAUCAUCAUACUCAAUUUCCUGAUCCGAGUGAGAUUCGUCGUCGUGAUGGCCUUUAUGCUUAUCCUCAAGUAUUGAUCAGAAAAGAGGAUACAAAUUCAAACAAUCAAUGCAAAACAAAUGAAAAUUCUGAUCAAUCGGGUGAAGAAAAAGAUGAAUUAGAGGCAUUUGUUCAACAAGAACAUCAACGCACAGAAAGGAUAAAAAAACGAUAUUCGUUUACUGAAGAUGAAGAUCCUACAUUUGGAUUUGCUCGACGUCCAUCGGUCAGAGGAAUACGGCCAAAAUUUGGCCAAUCUAAUGAAAUUAUUCAACAAAUGAAUGUGAAAAAACAAUCUGCAUUGAAUAUGACAUCAAAUAAUGUAACGAUUCGUCAAGUGACCAAUCAUCCAAUCUAUGUAGAAAAAACAGGAACGAUAGCAUCUUGCUCAACUUUACCGAAAAAUUUACAACAACAUCCGCAAUUUAUGCAAAUCAAUCAAUCAAAUAAUCAAUCACAGCAUCCGCACAUGAUUUCUAUUGUUAAAAAAAUUGAUGAUAUGCAUGUCACGCCAAACAAUAAUAAUAAUAAGAAUAAUAUUCUAAAUUCGCAACAACCAAACAUUGCACAAGUACAAAUUAAAUCACAAACACUUCCUCGUCAAAUGUCUCAAACGCAAAAGAUUGCCAUACAUACUGGUGGUGGUACACCGGAUGGUACACAACAUGAAAUUGUACGAAUUAUUGAUGCAAGCAUGUUGAAUGGUCCGGCUGCUGUAGCAUUUUCCCGUGAUCAAUUAAAACUUCAUCUACAAAAAACAAUGGAAAGACAACAACAACAACAGCAGCAACAACAACAAUCAAAUUCCUUACAUCAAGCUAAAUUGAUCGCUCAACAUGUUCAGAUUGCUUCGAAUCAUCAACAACAACAACCGCGUGCUCAAUCAACACAACAACAACAACAACAGAAUCAUGAUGAACCAAAACGAGUGCCUCUUCAACAACAACAACAACAUAAACAAGCAGCAUUCUCACCGAAUCAUCCAAUUUCUAAUAACAACAAUAUAACCAACAACCAGAAUACAAUAAAUAAUUCUAAUGAAUCACAAAUGUUGUUGUCCACAAAAAAACAGCAUCAAGAUUCUUCUUCUGCUAAUAACAAAAUAAUCAACCUAGUCAAUUCAUCGGAGAAUAAAUCCAAUACUGAUGUUGUAUAUUAUUCAUUGAAUGUCUAGACAUUUGUUUAUUCUUUUUUUUCGGGCCAUAAAUACCAUGUUACAAACAACGUUAUAAAAUUCAAUCAAUUAAUAUUGGACAACCUGAAUGAAUUUUUUAAAUAUUCAUGUUCGAAAAAAC